AUGUGCUUCAGAUGGAUAGAUAGAGCAGCGUUGGCGUUACAACGGAUGUUCGUGUUCGCGUGUCUAUUUCGGCGGGGACAAGGUAGUUCGGCCACAGAACUGGACUGCACGUACUUGGCUGUCGCUGGUAUUCCGUCAAGGCUAGAGAAGUAUUUCGAAGUACGGACAUGUCCAUGGACCAUCGAGUGCGGAACGACACCAGAGGAGGAGAAAGGGCCAGGCGUUCCGGGAAGCGAGACGAUCGUGACAUCGAAUUCGGCGGCGGAUACUCUUUGUCUCUUUGUGUGGUUCCUGACAUAUAUAAAUAUGCCGACCAUGUCAUGUAUCCCAACGGAUCCCAUCAAUGUUGCACGAAGGGAUGAUACCCCACCCAUUGAAGGGCUCCCCAAUCUUGACCUCGAUGACCGUUUGAAAAUCAACGAGAAUAACCCGGUAUUCGGUGACGAUUGGUGA